AUGUUCGCUCGGCUCUCCGUCAACAAGCUCGCCGCGCAGGCCCGCUUCGGCGCCGCAUCGGCGCGCGCCCGCCCGGCCCGCAUGAUGACCUUCAAGGCCGUCGCCCGCCAGGUCGUCCACACGGACAAGGCGCCCCCCGCCGUCGGCCCGUACAGCCAGGCCAUCAAGCACGGCAGCACUGUUUACGUGUCGGGACAGAUCCCGCUCGUGCCCGGGACCAAGGACUUCGCCGGCGACGACAUCAAGGUGCAGACGAAGCAGGUGAUGGAGAACCUCGGCGCGAUCCUCGAGGAGGCCGGGUCGGGCUUCCCGAAGGUCAUCAAGACCACGAUCCUGCUGGCGGACAUUGCGGACUUUGCGGCCGUGAACGAGGUCUAUGCGACGUACUUCCCCUCGGAGCCCCCCGCGCGCGCGACGUUCGCGGUCAAGGACCUCCCGCUCGGCGCCAAGGUGGAGAUCGACUGCAUCGCCGCCCUCGACUAA